UAACAGGUAAAAUACAAUUAACCCCGCCCCCUAGAUAUCCGGCCCCGUAUGCUCUUCCUCAUCCAAUGACAAGACAUCUCUCGAUCACUCCAUCUUCCUCCUAUACAUCAUAUUACGUGAUCCUCAUUCACGGGAUCAAUUCCUCAUGGAGUAUAGAGCGGCAUUGGAACAAUCACGGGAGAAAUCGACAUCGGGGGCAAGUUGGACAAUGAUCGACGAUGAAGGUGAAGAAAUAGAUUCUACAAUAUCCUCGUUACUUCUACCACUAGAGAGCGAUCUAAUCCUCGUGUUCCGACAAGUUCCCAUGGCAAGCAUGCUCGCUCAUGCGUUGAAGCUCGUUGUUAAACCAGAUGGUAAAUACGAACACCCCACGAGUAUUACAAGUGAAACAGUGUUGACCAGUAUCGCUGUGUGUGACCUUAUAUGUGAUAUACUGGGUGAGGGAUUGGCAACACUGGGGAGGCCCAAAUACAAACAACUUGUGCGUAGGAUUGCGCAAUCUAUCCGCAACACUGUGCUUAUUGUGGCUGAACAAUGGCAGUUAUAUAAAGAUAAUCAUAAUAAUGAACAAACCUACAGCAUGGAGCGGCUCCAACUCGAGUUCGAUGAAUUCACGAAGCGUUGCGUGUCCCGUCUUCUCUCCGUUGCACGUCUCGGUGUUUAUCAAUUCAUCGCUGAUCUUUCCUACCACACGAUGUCCCCGAGAGCAGCAGAGACGAUCUAUUUGUUGAUGAAUGUGCCUUCUGGUGUUCGAUCCGAGGUGGAUUGUCUCGUUGCAACGGAUUAUACAAAGCAGGAGUGGCUCGAGUUUAUUAAUGACCCCGACACAAAGUUAGCAUUUGAAGAGCAAUUAUCCACCAUGCCAGCAAAUGAGAUCGUUUACUUACUCACUGCGUUUGCCAACCUUGCACAAGCUAGACCAACUACUGAGAAGCAUUUGGUGGAAACUAUUGCCGUUGAUAUUUUUAAGGUAUCGUUUGUAUAUCGCAUGACUCGUGACAUUUGUAGCAAGACCGGACGGGAGUUGUUAUGUUCGGUUGCCUAUCGUCAUCCAUAUGUUAUAUCUAUGCUUGUACAAUAUGUAUUUCAUAAUAUGGACCAAUUCAUGUCCACCGUCGUAUACUCGCUUAGCGACCUUCCUUAUUCGUCAUGGCAACCAUUGUCAUGUGACCUCGAGUUGCUACGCGUGUGGUUGCUAGGUAACCCCAUCACCUCAACGGAGUUCAAACUCGCAAAGAUGGUUUUACAGGGUUUAAACUUUGGUUAUCGCGACGACGGCCACUUAUUCCUACCACUAGAGGUUCAUUAUAAGAUAUCUAUGUUAAUAUUGGAGACGAACGUUAAACUUGAGCAAGAUCGGAUACAAUCAGGGAUUGUGGUUAAGAGUAUCGACCAUGUGUCAAAAGUUGCAUCAGCGGUUCGUCUUACCCCUCAAUCCAUCGACCACAAGGUGACAGCAUGGAGUUGGGAGGUUUUAUUGAAGCUAAAACUUCAUCGAAGAGUUUGGACAGAUCCUAAGAAUAAAUUAUGCGACACCCCUGACACCCCUACCCCGGACAUGAACAACGACCCCACCUUACUACCCCUACUGCAAGCCACUAAGGACCACCACACGAUGGCCUCAUACAUCGCUGUUGCUAUGACGAGGUUGGGAGACAGCAAGGACUCAUUCCUUCACGAGGGCCUCGAGUGUCUACACCACCUUGCAUCAUCUGGUCACAUGAGGGCAGUAUUGAGUUGCUUGUAUUUCGUCGUACCGAUGUUUCAGCGAUCCAACAUUAAUUUAGCUGAGAACCAAAAGUUCACAGAGAUACUCCGUACAGUGGUCCACCAACAUAACAGUGUUAUAUCUGGCCUGACUAACCUUAUACUACAAGACACACCCCACCACCCAUAUGCUGUGUUGUUGUGCUCUGUUGUACAGAACCAAGUAGUUGAAGCACCACAAGAGGAAGACAAAGUAAAGAUCAUUUCCUAUUGGUUAAAAAUGAUCCUUACUAUCAUUGGUUGGUUUAAAGAUGAUGAUCUUUGCUUAUUGGUGGAUUAUUUAUUCAAAUCCGCCAAUCAGAUUGGAGAUAGAUCUCUGCUGGAAUUUAGAACACAGUUCUACGAGAGUUACAUCCACUUGAUGUUGCAUAGCAACCAUCGUAACCAUGGCAACCAUAAAUCUGUCGUGUCGUCGUUGCUAAGCAUGGUAACCGGGGGCAACCAACAAUGGCCAUUGUCGUUUCUACCAUAUGUCAUAAAGGAUGACAUCAUUUAUUUCGCUUACGUGUGCAUUGAAGCGGAGACAAGGUACGAAGAUGACUGCAAACUCUGGGCAACGAUUUUAUCGAAUUUGCGAAGUGAUCGCAAAAUGUCGGUAGAAACAGCGUUGAAGAAAUCGGUGAACAAACUCAAGUUGUCGCAUAAUCCAACUAUAUUGUCGCUUACCCUUUAUAGGUGGGGUGAGUUAGCCCUCCACACUCCCUACUCCCACCCGGUGUUAGAAUUGAUCUGGCUCAACUUUUUCCUUCGUUUUGUGUCGUUUCCACUAGAUGGCGGUAGCAGUCUCGGUUACAGGUUCUUUGAAUCUGUUCCAUCCCUUCCUUUAUACAACAAGUUACGAUCACGACUCCAAUCCACCACAGAGUUCCACCAUGGUGAGGUGUCUAGUGGGAGGGGUGGGGAAAAUGGGACGGGUGGGGAAGAUGGGAAAGCUAGGCAUAACAGAUUAAUAAAGAUCUUCCAUACUUUUAAACUCUGGUUAGAAGAACCUAAAGUACAUGAACAAGAUCUAUACCUACCUUCCCUGCCCAACCAAUAUAAUGCAGAUCUGCUAUCUAAACUAAGGACCAGGGACCUUAAGCUUAAUCUAGAUGAUUGCCAAGUUAAAAGGUUUGUAAUAUUGUAGAAUAACCACACAUAU